AUCCCUGACCCGCAGCUAGGGCUUCGCGAUUCCUGCCUGGCGACCCUUUGAAGAGAAGGAGAAAUCUUACUGCAGAAUAAUUUGGGACAAAGACGAGCCGGCACUGACUGCGAGAGACCUUACGCGACCAUGCUCACGGAUUCCGAGUCUGACAAUGACGGGGAGAAGGAUCUAAAUCAGCUCACGAUCAACGAACACUACGCCAAAGCCUUCGAGUACCGGAAGGAGCGGGAGGAGUUUCAGCGAUUGAAAGAGACGUACGGCUCGGAUGCGGGCUCAGAUGACGAAGAGGAGACGGACUCGGAAGACUUGGAAUCGGAGGACUCGGACGGAGAUGAGCUCACGCCUGCCAUGGAUGCGGCUAUCUUGCGCACUCUCGCCCGCAUCAAGUCUAAAGACCCCGCCAUCUACCAGUCUGACAAGAAGAUAUUCGAUGAGGAGCAGGAACAUACGUCCAAAUCUGCUCUAACCUCCCUGUCCCGGCCGGGGACUCGGGCCAAACAGCCCAAGGAGGGAAAACCUCUGACCAUACGGGAAGUGAACCUCCAAAACGCACUCAACUCGCGAUCUCCGUCGCCAGAAGCAGAGCAGCCAGUGACUCACGUCGAGGAGCAGCGCCGCCUACGCGACGAAACCAUUGCUGCAUUCGGCGCCCUGGACAAGAUAGGGGAGAACGAUGCGGACGAUAACGACGACUGGUUGGUGCCGCGUCAGAAGUCUAUGGAUGAGAUUGAGCGAGAAGAAGAGGAAUACCGGCAGUUCCUCGAGACUGAAGCUGGGAAUCUUCGUGACUUGAUCGACGUAGCCGGGGAGACGGCAGUCGUCGAGGUGCCUGAGGACACGGAUGAAGAGACGAGUGGGAAAAAGGAUAAAAAGAAAAAGAAGAAAAAGAAAAAGGUCCGAGCGGAGGAUUUGCAAGAGGGAUCCAGCAAGACUGCACAGGACAAGCAAGCAGCGGACCAGGAAUUCCUUGUCAACUACAUCCUCAACCGCGGAUGGAUCGACCGUUCUGCCAAGCGAUUGCCGACGUACAACGAGAUCACCGGGCUCUCCAAGAAGGGGAAAUCGAAAGCAGUCAAGGAGCCAGAGCACCCCGCUCAAGAGGCUGAAGCGGCUGGCUCUGAACCUGACGAAGCAGAGGAGGAGGAAAUCUUCGAUGAUAUCAUCGAUCGCUUCGAGAGCUCGUACAACUUCCGCUUCGAGGAACCGGAUGGAGCAGACAUCAAGGCAUAUCCUCGCAAUCUUACCUCGACAGUGCGACGGGAGGACACGACGCGAAAGGACGCUCGAGAGCGCCGGAAGCAGCGCAAGGAGGAAGAAUUGGCUAAGAGGAAGGAGGAUGUGCGACGGAUGAAGGGUCUCAAGAUGAAGGAGAUCCGCAGUCGGCUAGAGCGGGCUGGUGUCAACACUGGCGAGGUUGAAUCAUUGGCCGAAUUGGGAAUUGAUUUGGACGCUCCCUGGGACCCUGAGGCUCACGAGAAACACAUGUCGAAUCUCUAUGGGCUCAACGGCGAGGAAGACGAUGAUAGUCAUGAGAAACCCAUUUGGGACGACGACGUAGAUAUCGGUGAUAUCUACGUGGACCCCUCGUACGACCCGGCGCCGACAAAGAAAGAGAAGAAGAAGAAAAGAAGAAAAAGGAUGCAGAGGAAGAAGGCGGCGUGGAUGUGGAUGCCAUGGACGCCGAUGCGGCCGCUCUCCAAGAGGUGGAUGACGAAGAAUGGGACGGCACUGAGGAGAUGCGAAAACGAAAACUGAAAGAAUGGAUGGAUGAGAUCGAUACGAUGGAUUUCAACGACAUUGUCGGUGGCAUGCCCACACGAUUCCACUACACGACCGUUGCCCCGCAGAACUACGCACUUUCGGCCACCGACAUCCUCAUGGCCAAGGACGCGGAACUGAAUGAGUACAUGGGCAUGAAGAAGCUCGCUCCUUACCGCAAAGGCGACGGCUGGGACGCAAACAGAGGCGAGAAGCUUCAGACUCUCAAGUCCAAAAUCAAAGAGCGCACCGGAUGGGUCGAGCACGGACACGGAGACGCUCCCAAUGGACCUGUGAAGAAGCGAAAAGGCAAAAAGGAGCGAUUGCGAGAGAAGGAGGCCGCAGCUGCUGCGACGGAGGACACGCACGAGGUCUCUCAGGGCAAGCGGAAAAGAGACGAAGAGGGUGUCGAGGAAGAAGCGCCCACUGAAGCCGGCAAGAAACGGCGAAAACGCAAAAAGAAAGACGAUGAUGCUGCAGUUUAGGAUGCUUGUAUUCAUGUCACUUUUGUUGCGAAUGCACGAACGGGAGACCCGUCACUCGCGCUGAUGCUGAGUGGUACCAAAUGUACUACGUAGUCUCCGUCCUGCAGAAGCUCCAGGUUCGUCAGAUUCUCAGCAAUGAUUCCUCCAGCGCCGAGGACAACCUCAUGCACUCCGAAAACGCCCGUGUCGUCGGAACGGGUCUCGUCAGGAUUCAAGCUAUCCACGCCAAUGAGACGCACACCGCAUUCGAUCACUUUCUCUGCUGCAGCGUGCGACAGGUAGGGAUGAUCAAAGUACUCGGGUGUGCCCCAAUGCCGUGACCAGCCCGUGCGAAGGAGCAACAACGUCCCCUGCUUCAUCCGCGGAGCAUAUUGAACAAGAUCCUCCCACUUGAUCUCUUCGCGCGCCGCUUUGUGAGUUAGAUCGACGACCAACGCGGGGCCGAUGAACAUUCCGAUCGGGAUUUGCUCGAUGGUGAGGCCGUCGGCGAAAAAAUGGGCUGGAGCAUCGACGUGUGUGCCGGUGUGGGAGCCGAGGGAUAAAGCACAGACUGCGUAGCCGUCUUUCUCGAUAGCAGCAACACUAGACACGGCGAAUUCAGGAUCUCCUGGAUACACCUGCAUUCCAGGUUUGAGAGGAUGAGAAAGAUCGACGACCUGCAUUGAUUGGGACUCGGAGCGGGAAGACAAAUUCAGUCACGAGCUAAGAUUGAUUGUAGCAGCGCCAUCGGAUCAAAUGCAAUCAUUUCGGCACAAACGGUGUUCGACCGUCGCGGUAGGAUAGCGAGUGGGUCUACGGUGACCGCGACAUCACUGACGUCACGCGAGGUCAUUAACACCAUCGGUGACACAAACUACCGUUCCUAUUCUCUCCACCAUGACCAGUACCCUCCCGCCUCUCGUCCAAGCAUUCUCGGGCGCCCUAGGCAGCUCCUCAGCCAACGCACUUGUAUACCCUCUCGAUCUCGUCACUACUCGCCUGCAACUCGAAUCCAGGUCGCGCAAGGACGGGAAGUCAAGACCACUACCAAUAGGACAAACAUCGAUCGGAGCUCGUGGGGGUCUCCGCGCUGCUAUUCGUAUCAUUAGCAGCAUUGUCAGAAAGUAUGGAGCGAAAGAGCUGUACAGUGGCCUCGGAACCGACACCGCAGCUACCCUCAUCUCGAAUUUCUUCUACUUCUACUUCUAUGCCUUUCUGCGCUACUUGAGCACCCGACGGCGGUUGUUCCUCAAGCAUGCAGGAACGCACAAGCCACCACCACUGCUCGAGGAAGUUUUGAUGGGUUUCGUCGCUGGAGUUGCAUCGAGGGCCGUUUCGACGCCGUUGAGCGUCAUCACUUCCAAGCUACAGUCUGAGAGGAAGAGUGAAGACGACGAACACCCGACUCCUAAUGCGUCAGACAUUAUGAAACAAAUCUACAAGUCAGAUGGAGUGGCCGGGUUUUGGCGAGGGUUCAAAACAACUAUUCUGCUCUCUUUAAAUCCUGCGCUUACCCUUGCUCUCUUCCAAUUGUAUCGAAGGAUGCUUUGGAAGCGUGUAUCACAUUCUGCGGGCACCAAUCCUUCACCCGCUCAGGCUUUCCUGGGAGCCGCGGUGUCCAAUUCAAUAGCAUCAAGUCUUUUGUACCCUUUGAUGCUCGCCAAGACUCGACUCCAAGCUACGGACGCGACGUCGCUGACUUCGGUUCUGCGCGACGCGUACAGCGGACAGGGAGUGCCCGGGUGGUACCAAGGAAUGGAAAUGCAGGUUAUCAAAGGGUUUAUCAGUCAGGGUAUCACAUUUCUCGUCAAAGGACGGAUUGAGGAGAUCAUCAUUCAGUUGUAUAUUUUACAUCAGCGACCAUAAGCCCAUGUACGAACCAACCGUGUCUAAAUUCCUUGCCUUUAUGUUUUCGCUGUAUGAAUACUAUCAUCCCCAAGAAUAUGUAUUCUGCUUCCAAAGCGAUCACGGGAAUCCUAAACAUCCUCUGUCGUCAACACCAAACACUCACUCAGAUUGGCCCUGCGCUCGAUCCGAUGGACCCUCCGCUGUUCGAAGGCGUCAGCUUCCAUAUAACCGAGUCGUAUCCAACUGCAAGGAAGAGCUCCCUCGAGCGAGCGCUGCAGCGGUAUGGGGGGACGCGCGCUGUUUCGGUCUACGACGCUUCACUGAUCGUAACGAACACGAUGUCUUUCGAGGGGCGCCAGGACGUGGACAGGAAUGCGGUUAGCAUUGUUACUGACUUAUGGGUGGAUCGGACAAUCGCUUUGAAGAAGCCGCAAAAGUAUGGUCCUCUCCUCGGCGUUCGCAUCGGACUGACUCGUUUCUACAGACCUGAACACUACUCGGCGGAUCCGGCCAUGAUAUUCUCCGGAGUCAUCGCGUCUUCAGCAGAUCUCCGCGACAACGACGUGGAGAUCAUGACCGCCGGGAUCGUUGCUCUAGGAGGACAAUGGCGCGUGGGCCUCAUGCGAGAUGUGACCCACGUCUUCGCCAUGAACAAGGACGACGACCGGUCGUCUGUGUAUUCCAUGGCGCUCGAGAACCACGUGAAAGUCCUACUCCCCGCCUGGUUCGACGACAGCGUGACCCUUGGCCAGCGCGACCUCGCCACCGUGCGGUACCAGUGGCCAGACCCGCCGUGCCUGCGCAAAGACGACUCGGAGAACACGCCCGCCUCGCAGCGCAAGUCGAUGAGCCCGCAGAAGAAGGCGAUGUUCAGGACGGCGGUGUGGGAAGACGCGACGGGUCCGCCUGCGCAGAUUGUGCAGACGGCGAGCAACGUGUGGACGGGGAACAGGAUCCUGCUCAGUCCGAGUUUGGAGCUGGCUGCGAAGAAGCUGCAGAUGGUGCGCGACGCCGUUGUCCGAGGCGGGGGCGUCGUCGUGAAGUUGGCCGCAAACAAUGGGGUUGGCCACACUCGGGAAGAGCUGCAAUUGAUCAGGGAAAACAGAGCUGAUAUCCUGAUUACGCGGCAUCGGGUUGGUCGGCCGUUCUUUGAGGCAUUUCGCAAGGGGAAGACAGUCGGGACCCUGGCCUGGUUGCUGAACGUUGGAUUGACUGGAGUCUAUUCUUCGCCCAUGGAUCAACUGUUGCACUUCCCGUGUCCACCUGGAAAAGUACCAGGUUUCCAGACUCAUUCAAUCUCUAUUACCAACUACACUGGGGAGAUUCGGGACUAUCUCAAAAAGCUGAUCACGAUGAUGGGGGGUGAGUUCACACCUACAUUUGGGUCUAAGAACACCGCCCUAGUCGCUGCAUAUGUCAAGGGCGGCAAGACAGACAAGGCAGCUGAAUGGUCGAUUCCGAUUGUCAACCAGUUGUGGCUCGAGGACUGCUUCUUCCAAUGGAAGAAUCUGACACCCGCGCUCUCGAAAUACAUCUCCCACCCCCAGGGCGUCGAUCUCCCCAGCAUCACUGGUGACCGGGGAAUGGUGGAGGAAACGCUGCGCAGCAUCAUUGCAAGUGAAGAAGCCAAGGAGAAGAAAGCGGAGAUGGCCACGUCCCAGAAUAGUGCAGACGAGAAUGAGGUCCUUGGUGGACUGAUGGCAGAGUCGGAUGCGGAUGUCGCCAUGACUGGUGUUUCUGGGGACGAAAACGACCAAGAUCCACCAACAACGUCUGCGGGACCUUCGACGCCCCGACGGUCUCAAUCCCGGGCUGCCACGCCUUUCUCGUCUAAAAUCAAACGAAUUCGCGCGCUUCCUCCGUCGUCGGACUCGGAACGGGACAAUAUUCCGAAGACCCCCACUGUAGGCUUGGAUCGGUCGUCGCCCAGAAAGCAAGAGAAAGAACAGCCGAGGACACCUGGGAGGGUCCGACGAAAACGAUCCCCAUCUCCGUCAGACGCAGAGCAGCCGAAGGAAGCAUUGCCUCCCAAGAAGAAGCUUGUUCGUCGAGUCACUGGGCAGCCUGUGGCCUCCUCCAGUAAACUUCCGUCUGAGUCUGAACGAACGCCGACGCCACCGCCGCGGCUCCAGCCGUCACCGUUCUCCUCUCCGCUGACGCCGCAGAAAGAUGGCCCACGUUUCUCGGUGGUCGUUCCGACUCAUGCGUCUCUGUUGACGAGAAGAACGGUGCAGGCUGCGAGCAACGAGUCGGUUUCGGUGCCUCCACGGUCACUUGCUCAUGAAGAGGAUGAGCCCGAGGCCGACGUUUCCUUUGAAAGCCGUCCCAAACGCAUGGCUGCGACGAAGGCCAACCAGGUGUUACAUGAGACUAUCAUGCCCGAUAUGAAUAAGUACCAGCAAGAAAUGCGAAAUCGAAGGGGGAGGAGAAGUUUGGGGCCUGGCUUUGAUAUCGAGGAUACGGAACUUAGGCCGCCGAAACCGAAGAGACGCAAAACCGAAGACUCUGCUCCGCUCUCGGACGAUGACGACGACGACGUUUCCAGUGCGACCGUGAGCAAAGGCAAGCGUCGUGAAACGAGGUCGAUCAGGCUCAUGACGACUCUCGUUGAGCUUGAUGAUAGGGUUUUCUCGUCGACGACAGGUACUGGCGAAAAUGGGCGUGAAAGCGACCGACAAGGUGCAGGAUUGCACGCACCUUGUCGUGCCAGGCAUAGUCCGGACAGAGAAGUUUCUGUGUGCAUUAGCCGGCGGAGCCUUCUGCUGCGGAAGGAGUGGGCUGUGGAUUCGGCUGCCCGAGGUGCACUACUCCCGGAGAACAAUUAUAUCAUUGACGACCCAGCUGGCCACGAGAAGUACGCCUUCGACCUGUCGGAUGCUUUAGCGCGCGCGAGGGUUCUGAAAGGCACUCUGUUCAAGAACAAGACUUUCUACAUCACCCCAUCGAUCAAGACUUCUCGCGAGAUGCUUAAGAAUGUCGUGGAGGCGAAUGGGGGCAGCAUGGUUCGUCCUAGACGGCUACACUUCCUCAUCGCGAGAUUCUCAUUCACUCCCUUCUGCAGGAAAACACCAGCCAUCCAUCCCUGCGCACAUUCGAAAACCGCGCAGACCGAUAUUUGAUCUCGUGUCCAGAGGAUGCUACGCUGUGGCGGCCGAUCGCCAAGAAGGCGGACUGUGUUUUACGUCCGAGUUCUUGCUUAUCGGGGCUUUGAGGCAGGCUUUGGAUGAGGGUGAGCCUGCGUUUCAGCUCAGGGUGAAUUGAAUCUUUGCUGGAAGCAUGUUAUUUAUGUAAAUAAGGGAAUAUAA